CAUAGGGUUUAUGGUUGGUCGAAUCUAUGUCAGACACAUCACCUCCUAAGGUAAACUAAACUUUAUUAAUGCCAACGAGCUACCAAAACGAUACAGAGCGAGCUCGAUAGACGUACUGCAUCCAGCAUGGAACGUAAUCACCCGUGUUAUACAGUACAUCCUUACAUUGAACUCAAACCGUUUGGAAUCUCGCCGUAUCCUUCGCUAUCUCCAAUGCUAGGUGGGACCAAGGCAGUAUUAGCUARCCCAGUACCUAGAGGACACUCUGCAAAGCCCCCAAUACCGCAUUCAAUCGAUAACAUUCUUAGCAGAUCAGAAAACAAAUCKCCUCCAAGCUCACCGUCACCCCCAGAAGUACGUCGCCGACCAUAUUGCAUCCCAGGCCGAGGUUAUGAUUACCGACCWGCMGUGCCUGUUUACUGGCCUGGUCUAGUGCAUCCACCGUGGAGGGAGAGGUACUCAGCUUCUCCUCCGUCUACAGAUACUGACCGACAUGGCAAACGCAAGCACACAAGACCGACGUUCAGCGGGCAUCAAAUCUUCGCGCUUGAAAAGACGUUUGAACAAACAAAGUAUCUUGCAGGUCCCGAGCGGGCAAGGUUGGCGUACUCGCUAGGCAUGACAGAGAGCCAGGUCAAAGUUUGGUUUCAAAAUCGUCGAACAAAAUGGCGGAAAAGGCAUGCUGCUGAAAUGAAUAUCAAGAAACAAGAAAUAGCAAGAGCGGGAAAAGAGAGCGAGGAUGAUGAAGAGGAAUACCCUGCUUCGAAUACGCCCUCUGAGAGCACAAAGAUAGACUAGAAUGAUGUUUCAACAACAAUUUUUAUUUAUUUCAUUAUCAAACAUAAUGUUGAGACAUUUUUAACUUCACCAUGGCAGCCAGGACGGCAUAUUUUCAGCAACGGUUAUUAUGGGACGCUUGAAUUAGAAUUCAAGCUGGCCGGGCAUUUAAAAAAAAUGUAUCUAUAACAUAUUAGUAAGUAUUGUGUAGUAAUUUAAAAUUAUCACAGCAAAAAAAACGUACAAUGAAAAUAGGAUUCCUUUAGAUAUUGUUCAUGAUCGAUCCAUUGUAAAUACUUUGUAAAUAUACACACAGUGAGACUGGGAAAAGAUCUAAAGAGCUUGCCAACAUGAUAAAUUCACUGUUUAUCUAAUGUCCUACAAUGUUAUUGCCAAAAAACAUAUGUAAUUAAUGACCAUAUGAGGCUUUUACUGACUGACUGUUAGUCCCAAGUAAAUGRCUAUCGAGAAAUCACCAUCGGUUAACAACAUGACUAUACAACGCACUCUCAUCAAUACUCAUAAAACAAGCCUUGUUUUAUUGUAUAAUUGAGUUUGCAAUACGCUUAGAGGUAUAAUAAAGAUUUUUAUAUGAAAACUCA